GAAAUAAGAGGUGGCUAUAGUUGAAAGUGGUUUUUUCGUCCCCAUCAGCCCGAUUUUACUGUCAAGUCCCGACCGGUGCAGUCAAGUACUUUUCGUGCUCCCUUUUACCUAUUCACUUUCUUCCAUUAUCUACUUAUCUUGGUUCCACUGGACCAUUUCCACUUGUUCCUUCUCUCCCCUAACUUGAAAAGCAGUUUAUUUCAAACCAAGAGAACGGCCAUUAUCUACCGUCGUCAUCGUGGCCCCUCCUUCCAGCCUGAGAGAACAGCACCAUGGAGAAAGAUUUGCACGUGCGGGACCGGGUAGGAGUCCAGGAUUUUGUUCUGUUGGAGAACCACACGUCUGAGGAGGAUUUCAUAGAAAAUUUGCAGAAACGAUCGAAAGAAGAGCUUAUUUAUACAUACAUUGGAUCAGUGUUGGUUUCCGUUAAUCCGUACAAGAACCUCCCCAUCUACGGAUCAGACUAUGUCGAAAAGUAUCGCAAUGUCAAUUUCUACGAGCUGCCACCACACGUAUUUGCCCUGACGGACACGGCGCUGCGGUCUCUGCGCGGAGAGCUCAUCAAUCAGUGCAUCCUCAUUUCAGGUGAAUCUGGGGCGGGAAAAACUGAGGCAUCCAAAAAAGUGUUGCAGUUCAUUGCGGCCACAACGCGUAAGAAGGCGAGCCUUGAGACGGUAAAAGACAAAUUGCUGCAAUCCAACCCGGUUUUGGAGGCCUUCGGUAACGCUAAAACCAAUCGCAAUGAUAACUCGUCCCGAUUCGGCAAAUACAUGGACGUCGAGUUCGAUUUCACCGGCGACCCCACCGGUGGACACAUCAUCAACUACCUGCUGGAAAAGUCACGUGUCGUAUUCCAGGCUAAAGGCGAACGCAACUUCCAUAUAUUUUACCAACUGCUGGCUGGAGCUGACGACGACCUUUUGGAGAAGCUAUUUCUCAAGAGGGACCCUGAUCUCUACGUUUACCUUAAACAGGGCGAAAGUUCACGAUUGAGUGGAGUUGACGACGCGCAGAACUUUAAAAUCGUAAGGGGUGCUCUGCACGUCAUGGAAAUUGGAGACGAAGAACAAGAAGCACUUUUCCAUCUUUUGUCGGUCAUCAUCCAUCUUGGUAACGUCGAGUAUGCCAGCGGAGAAGGUGGUCGAGCAAGCAUCAGCAAUCCUGCUUUGGUUUCUACUAUCGCAAAGCUUCUCGGAUGCCCGGAAGAUAAGCUGGUGAAAGCUUUGCUGAACCGUACAAUUGAAGCACGCGAUGACGUUGUGGUAUCGCCAAUGGGGCGCGAUGAAGCUGUUAAAGCGCGCGACGCUUUGUCCAAAUCCGUUUACGAGCGCAUGUUUAACUGGCUCGUCCAGCGACUUAAUCGCUCGCUGCAAUCGGGUGCCGAGGUCAAGAAGAAAAUCGUACUCGGCAUUUUGGACAUUUACGGCUUUGAAAUCUUCCAGUCCAACAGUUUCGAACAGCUCUGCAUUAAUUACUGCAACGAGAAGCUUCAACAACAACUGUUCAUCGAAUUGACGCUCAAAUCCGAACAAGAUGAAUAUCGCCGCGAGGGCAUUGCUUGGGAACCCGUCGCCUAUUUCGAUAACAAGAUCAUCUGUGACCUUAUCGAGGAGAAGCACAAGGGUAUCAUUUCUAUCAUGGACGAAGAAUGUCUGGUGCCGGGCGAAGCCAACGACAAAACAUUUCUUAAUAAGAUGGACAAGCUGCUGAGCGAACACCCGCACUACGUCAGCCAUGCGAAAGGUGACACCAAAACGAAGAAAACGAUCGAACGUGAAGAAUUCCGUCUAGUCCACUAUGCUGGCGAGGUCACGUACAACGUCAAUGGCUUCCUGGAAAAAAACAGCGACCUGUUGUAUCGUGAUUUGAAGGAAGCCAUGAUUUCGUCUUCCAAUAGGAUCACCAAAGAUAUGUUCACGGGAAGCGAACUGAGUCGAAAGAAGCGUCCAGAUACGGCCGCGUCACAAUUCAAGACCAGUUUGGCCCAGCUGGUGGACAUUUUGGUUAGUAAAGAGCCGUCGUAUAUUCGAUGCAUCAAACCCAAUGACGUUCAGAAACCUGGACUGUUCGAGAAGGCCAUCGUCACGCAUCAAGUGAAAUAUUUGGGUUUGAUGGAGAAUUUGAGAGUCCGUCGAGCUGGUUUCGCAUACCGUCGACCUUACGAAGGCUUCUUGAAUCGCUACAAAAGCCUGUGUCCGGAAACUUGGCCGCAUCCGAAAGGCGAUGCCAAAAGCUCCGUUCAGACACUCGUCAAUCAUCUGAAGUAUGGAAAAGAUGAUUAUCGCAUGGGUCUGACCAAGAUAUUCAUCAGGCUGCCCAAGACUCUGUUUGAAACUGAAGACGCAUUUCAGAAGCGCAAGAACGAGUUGGCUAGCAAAAUUCAGGCCAAAUACAAGGGCAUCCUGCAGCGACGCAAGUACCUGGCUAUUCGCGCUCGCAUCAUCAUCGUGCAAUCGCUGGUUCGUCGUUUCUUGGCUAAACGUCUAGCUGCCAAACGCCGAUCGGCUGUAGCCGUGAUUCGUCGAUUCAUUGUUGGCUUCAUGAAGCGUAACGAGCCGAUGGGAAGCGACAACGAAAAAUUCCUCGGGUUUGUCCGUCACCAGUACCUGUUGCGUUUGGCUAAACAGCUUCCUCAAUCAAUUAUGGACAAGUCCUGGCCCGACGCCCCUGCCAGUUGCCAAGAGGCCAAUAAUAUACUGAGGGCCAUGUACAUGCAAUGGAUGGUGGGACGUUACUGCAAGAGCCUUUCGCCUUCGCGUCGGCAUCAAUUUGAAAUGAAAGUGUUGGCUGAAGCGGUAUUUAAAAAUAACAAAAAGAGUUACGGUGCCAGUGUCACCAAGUGGUUCGUCGAUAGCCGAUUGUCCAACGAACAAAAAGAACUUUUCCGCUCUAAUUUUGAAGCCAAUGUCAAAUCCCAAGGCGAGACUAUUUUGUACUCGGCUCCAGUUACGAAAUUUGACCGUCAUGGCUAUAAGGCUCGCGAGCGUUUCCUAGCACUCACCAAAGCGGCUGUCUAUUUACUAGAUGCCAAAGACUGUAAAGUCAAACACCGCUUGACAUUCAACGAUAUCACUGGCAUAACGGUGACCAACAGUCAGGAUAAUUUGAUCGUGGUGCGAAUCCCCGAAGACGAUAAAAAAGACAAAGGGGACCUGAUCCUCGAAUGCAACUACCUGAUUGAAACGCUUACCUGGAUUGUGGAUACCUGCAAAAAACGCGACAUAAUUCGAUUUGAAUCCGCAACUUCGCUGACGCAUCACAUUGCCAAGGGUAAGCCUGGUACUAUUGAAAUCACCCGAGGUGGAGAAAUAACGGGCAUUUCUAAGGGUAAAAAUGGUCAUCUGAUGGUGGCUGCUACAUAAAAGUCGAAGCAUAAUCGUAACCGUUUAGCGGUGAGACGGGCAAUUCACAAGCGACAGUUCAGAUAAAAAGAAGACAUUCCUUUAAUUUUUUUUCUUUUUCUUUUCCGUAAUUCAUUUUUGUUGAUUACUAUUUUUGAGAUGAUGACAAGCAAAACGACUCGGAGCACCGACAACAAGUGCCCUUAUUCGAUUUGGUCAACUAUUUACAAAUUAUAAUCGAUAAUAGUGAUUUGGAAUUCCAGCAGCUAGUCUCGUAAACAUGGUAUACAAAUGAUAUAGCACAAAAAAUCCUAAAACGUAUUAUUUGAUUAGAUUGUUUACGAAGGGGAAAAUUAUUGAACUUACUAUGUUGAAUUUAUGUGCAUUUGGAAAUCGAUAACAUGAAAACUUUAUCAAUUGA